AUAACAAGUCCAGGCUCCAGUUAAGGGAUAAGGUUACCUCCAACCAUCCCCCCCACCCUGCCUGGAUCCCAUGGUUCCUGUCCUACUGAAGGUGAUUUUGGCUGAAUCUGCUCCACCACCCACCCAAACACCCACCCUCCAGCCCCUGUCUGGCCCCAGCACUGCUUUUCUCCCUACCCCAGCUCGUGAUUGUAGGCGCCCCACCUGGAAGCGCGACCGUUCGGCCCCUCAGCAGCAACGUUCACCACCCCUGGAGCCUCCAGGCUCCGUGCCCUAAGCUGACUAGCUUUUUUUUGUACUUUUUUAAUCUUCUGAACUGGACUGAAAUUAGGACAAGGGCACGCAACAGGUGUGGAACUCUCGCUCUCUCUCUUGCUGCGGCGCUUCCUUGUGGGGGGCUCACUUCUUGCUCUGGACCUUUAGCUUGAAGCAGGACUGGACAGGGAAUAGGCAAAGAAAAGCCACAACAUUUUUUUUAUUUAUUCUUUUUUUUUUGUGGCGUGACCAUAUUCUCUGAGAAAAAGGGGAUUAUUUCAUAAACUUGAGGUCCCAAAAACCCAUCAUGGCGGAGGCUGAAGCUCGAUACUCCUCCACAACCACCACCGUGAUCGAGAGCAAAAAUGGUGACGUCAUGGGCUCGUCCGGCAAGGGGUCCAAACGCACCAUGAGCGAUGACCUUCACUCCACCUUCAGCUCCCCCAUGGCCUGGGUCCUGGUGCUGGCUCUGGUGAUCACCUGGUCUGGUGUGGCCAUCAUCAUGUUCGACCUCCUGGACACCGAUGGCCUGAAAGCCCAUACAUUAUACUGUGAAGACCCGUGUAUGCCUCUGGGACCACGCGCACCCGCUGUCAGAAAGGCACAUAAGGCAGCCAGCAGAGCGAACCUAGGGGGCAUUCCCGAUAUCACGGCUGCCGACCCGAUGAAAGCAGUGACCGACGCAAUGGAGGAGUCCAGCGACUGGAUGAACACGUUUCUGGGUGUUGUGUCAAGCCUCUUUGCACCAGAGGAGGAGGAUGAAGGUGUCACGUCUCAUGCUGUGAAAAAAAAAGCUAGAGAAUGGUUUGAGGAAGACGAUGAAGAAGUGAAGGAAACAAAAGGGGAAUUUCUCCCACCCCGAAAAAAAGUUACAGAACUGCUGAGUGAAGAAUAUGAAGAUGAGGAUGAGGAAGAGGAGGAUGCAGAUUUAGGUGAGGAUGGAGAUAAAGAGGGGGAGGAAGACGAGGAGGAAGAGGAGGAGGGGGAAGAAGAGGAGGAGGAUGGAGAUGAUGAUGAAGAAGAUGAUGACGAAGAUGAUGAUGAAGAUGAAGAAGAUGAGGAAGAGGUUGAGGCAGCAGAGGAUGAAGAUGAUGAAGACAAGGAAGAGACAGUAGCAGAUGAGGCUGGACAGGAGGAAGAAGAAGCAGAGGCUGCAGCAGCAGAAGAGAAGGAUAAUGAAGAAGAGGGUGAGGCUGAGACAGAGGGUGAGGAUGCAGGUGAUGAAGAGGCAGUUGCAGUAGAAGAGGAUCAGAAAGAGGCAGAGGCAGCAGUUGAGGGGGAGGAAGACAAGGAGGAUGAGGAAGCAGCAGAAACAGAAGAGGAAAAGACUGAAGAGGAGGAGAAGGAGGAGGAGGAGGAGGAGGAGGAGGAAGAACCAGAGGAGGACGCUGAGGAAGCACCCGAAGUAGUAAGUCAACCUGCCAAAGAGGAAGAACCGGCUGCUGCCGCUGCUGCCGCUGCUGCAGUGGCCACUGAUCAUGCAGCUGCCCUUGCUGCUGCCCUUGCUGCUGCCCAAUCUGCUGCUGCAGCCGCUGCAGACGCUGCUGCUUCUGCCAUUAAAGCUGCUGCUGCUGCAGCAGAUGCUGUUGCUAUUGCCGCUGGCAAAGCAGUGGUGGCAGCUGAGGCUGCUCCUGAGACACCAGCUGCUGAGGAGGAUGCCGAAGAGGAACCAACCAGUGACGAGGAUGAGGGAGGUGAGGAUGAAGAGACGGUUGAAGCUGUUGAGGUAAAGGAAGAAGAAGCACCAGCCACUGAGGAGUCUACCGCUGAUGCUGCUGCUGCUGCUGCUGCUGCUGCUGAUGAUGAAUAUGAGGAAGAGAAGAAAGAGGAUGAGGCUCCUGCAGCUGCCGAGAUCAAGGAAGAAGAGGUUCCUCAGGCUGAUGAGGAAGAUGACGGCGAAGCUCCAAAGGCAGUAGAGGGUGAAGAAGAUGAGGGUGACGACGAUGAAGACGAAAAGAAGGAGGAAGAGGUUGAAGAACUUCCUGCUGCUGCCCCUGCUGAUGUAGACAUAGCCAUGCCAUCUACAGAGGCUGCUGCUGCUGAUGAUGACAAUGAUGAAGGUGACACUGAAGCUGAUACAGCUGUUGAAGCACCUGCAGCUGAUGACAGCAAAGAUGAUGACGAUGAUGAUGAUGAUGAUGAUGAUGAGGGGAAAAUAGAUAUUGCCACCGAAACACCUGCAAUUGAUGCAGGCAUGGUUGAGGAAGCUGAGAUCAAAGAUGAUUCAGAUGACACAAAAGAUGGCACUGAUAUUGAUGAUGACGAUAAAGAUGAAGCUGAUGAAAUAGUUGAAACGCCUUCAGCUGAUAUCAGCAAAGAUGAUGAUAAUGAUGAAAAACCAGAUAUAAUCAUAGAAACACCUUUAAAGGAUGAUGAUGAUGAUGAUGAUGAUGAUGAUGAUGAUAAUGAUGAUAAUGAUGACGAUAAACUAGCUGAGGAAGUAGCUUCAGCUGCCACUACUACAGUGGUUGAUGACACUGAUCAUAAUAUUACUACCGAUGACGACCAAAAAGAUGAUGAUGACCAAAUCAAAGAAGUGAAAGAUGAUGAUGAUGAUGAUACCGCUGACAUCACCAAGCUGGAUAAGGGUGAGGAGGCUGAUGCUGAUGUUGGUGAAGAACUUCUGUCUCUUGAUACAAGUGACGAUAAAGUUGACCAAGACAUUAAAACUGACACCACUGAAGAAGUAACUGACACCGUAGACACAGAUGUAGAAUCUGUGACGGAUGUAGUCACCACAGAUGGUGAUGAUAGCGACGACGAUGAUGAUGAUGAGGAUGAUGAUGGUGUUGUUAGUGACACCACAGAUCUAAGGACAGACAAGACUGAAGAUGAGGCUGACAAAGACAUAGCAGAGGAGACUGGUGACUCUAACCUUGAACUUGACCUUGACCUAGACAGUGACGCUGAUGCUAAUGAUAAAGACACUGAGGUUGUUGUAGAUGUUGAUGUGACGGUUAAAGAAGCCAUCAAAGCUGAGGCUGAUGAUGAUAAUGGUGGUGAUGAUGAGGAUGAUGAUGACGAUCUAGCUGUUGCUGCUGACAUUUCAGAUCUCGAUGGUGCUGAUGAUAAAGUUGAGGAUCUAAAAAUAGUUGAUGAUGACCAAGAAAAAGAAUCUGAAAUAGUUAUUGACAUCACUGAGGAAAAGGUGGAGAAGGUUGAGGAGAAAAAGGAGGAGGUGGGAGUGGAGAAAACCAAAGAAGAGGAUGAUAAUGGUGAUGAUGAUGAUGAUGAUGACGAUCACAUUACAAUAGCUCUUGCAAGCACUGCUGUAGGAGAAGAAGAUGAGACCAAGGAUUUGGAGGAUGAUGCUGACCAGCCAUCUCUUGAGUCAGAGAUUCAACUACUGAAAGAUGCACUCAAGGAGAAAGAAAGGGAAAGAGACGAAAAAGAGAAAGAGGAGAAAAAGCCUGAGCCAGAGCCCAAAGAGAAGCCUGCACCAAAGCCUGUGAAGAUAGUCAAAGAAGAACCAAAAGAGCCUGAAGUUCCUGUGAAGAUAGUCAAAGAAGAACCAAAAGAGCCUGAAGUUCCUGUGAAGAAAUCGAAGGCAGAGAAAGCAGAUAAACAGGCCAAACCUAAGGCUAAGCCUGAGGAGACUAAAGCUGAACCUGAGAAACCUAAGCCGGAGAAAGUGAAAAAGACACCAGCCGAAAAGGAGGAAAAUGUGAAGGAGACAGAGGAUAAAAAGGCCAAAAAGGAGGAAAAGAUGAAAAAGAAAGAUGAUAAAAAGGCCCCCAAGGUUUCCUCUGGCAAAAAGAAAGCUGAUGCUCCCAAAGAAGCACCACAGAAACAGAAAGAAUCCAAAUCCAAGAAAGAAGACAUGGUUUCCACCAAGGAAGAGAAACCUGAAGAGUCAAAACCAGCUGAAGUGGCUCUGCCUCCAACUGAAGCUGCUCCAUGCCGACCAACACCAGUCUACUGCCCAUCGCCUCCAGGCUGGUAUGUGCAUCAUAUAGUCACAGACAAUCCAAAGCCACCGGAGAUGGGCCCAGUACCUCAGGUUCCUGUUCUGACAACAGUGUAUCCAACUGCUCCACCAUCAUACCCUGCUGAAACAGAAGCAGCUGAGACAGAGAAGACAGAAGAGAAAAAAGCACCUGCAGCCAAGAGAGAUGUGGACGAAGUUUGCAUUGUGAGGAGUGACCUGAAAGAGAAGGCCAAAAAGACAGAAACUGUGGCCCAAGGAAAACCUAAGACCACUGCUAAAAAAGCGCCUGAGGUGUCCAAAGACAGGGCCAAGUCUGCAGCUGUUAAAAAAGAGUCUGCACCUGCCAAAAAGAAGCCGGUGAAGAAAGAAGGCCUGAUUUUAGUCCCACCGACUGUCGCAGAAGCCGCUCCCAAAGAGAAGCUCAGACCGAGCCCAGCACAAAAAGCCAAACCAGAAGUCAAAUCUGUGGACAAAAAAGAAGACAAAGUGAAAGAGGAGCGGUCCACCGCCGAGAGUAAACCCGACACAGAGGAGAAGGCAGAAGCUAAAGAGGCACCAAAAAAAGACGCCAACGUGUCUGCCCCCGCGAAAGAGCCUGAGAACACUCAGAGUGGAGAAGAGCAGAAGAAGCCAGGCAAGAUCCCCUACUUCCAGUGUGUGGUGUACGGCGGCAAAUCCAAACAAGCCCCUUGGCGUUCCACCGGUCCCAACAUGACCCCAGCCAUGACCACAGCCAUGAGAGCGGCCAUGGAGCAGAGGGCCUCUCUCAUGGAGGCCAGAGCCAGGGCUGCAGGCCAGUAGGAACCACAUCCACCAUCACCCUUCACCUCAAGCCCUGGAACUUUUCUACUCCAUAGCAACAGGUGGCACUGCUCCUCUGCACCUCUCCACACUGACUGUGUAUCCUGACAAAGGCUGGUUUCUGCCAGUGGGUUCUCUUAUACUCUGAUCUCGAUCAAUAUACAAUGCAUUAAGGGACUUAUCGGAGGGUGGAAUGAUUAUAUAUGUGAUAUUUCAAAUGAGUGGUUUUGCUGCCUGUAUUCAAGAGUCGAAAAAAUUCCCAGUCUUUAUAGGCACUGGCUUUGGUGUAUUUAUUUAUUUAAACUUUGUCACAGACAUGGCUGUCAGAUUUUGCACCAACCAGUGUUACAAUGGUCCCACCUAGCUGUAUAUAAAGGGAUGUAAAAAGGAAAUAUUGCAAACCAGUUAAGAUAUUUUUCUAAUUUAUUCAGAUAUUUUCAAUGAAGCGUUUCUCUUUUUGAAUAGUACAGAUUGUGAAUGCACAUGUCAUAAUGUAUAUAACAUGCACAAAUCUUAAUAUAUCAACUGGCAGUUUACAUUUGUAUUAACUUUACACAAAAUUGUAGUCGAGGACUUUGAGUCGAAUUGAAACUUAAUAGACUUUCAUGUUUGAUAGUUUGACAAUAAGCAUUGUAUCACUUUUUCUCUCUCUCACACACACACACUCACACACACACAGAGUUCUUGGCUCCCAUCCCUUGCUUAGCUCCACUGGUAAUGGGAUUAUGUAAAGUGUGUCUGUGUGUUUCAGCUCUGAUAUGACACAGGCAGCCCAGCUGCAUGCAUCUGGACAAAAGCAAGAAGUCCCAUUUCAGCCUCGCUCCCUGGUUGACACAGAUUUCACUGCCAUACUUUUCAACAAUUUGAAGUGCUCAAACGGCCCUCUGCUUGAUUUGGGACUAAUAAAAGAUUAAAUUAGACGAGAAAUUAUAAAAAAACGGCCCAUAUAAUGGCCCAUACCUUUGAAAGCACAGGAGAGAGAAUACGAAUGAGAGGAACCCGUCCGGAAAUCUAAAUUACAUGUCCCAAGAAAAGCCAGGGCACUGUUCAUUUCCUUGCUUAUUUCCUUUGUUUUGUCCUCUGCUUAGAAUGUGUUCCUUCCCCCACAGAGACACACACACACACACGCACACACACAGACACACGAACACACAUCAAUCUGCCUUAAGGCAUGCAAGCUGGUGUCUGCUUUUUUGUGCACCAAAGCUUCAAAUGAAAGUGAGGGUGUUUUUGUGUUUGAAAACAGAGAUGCCUUCACGGCUAAACUGAAAACGAGCCCUCUCUCAGUCCAAAGAAACACCGCAGCAGACGUGAGAGAGGUGAAGACCUAUGGGUGCCUAUGCGCUCUUUUGACCAAGUCUGAGAGACAGUGUUGGUGCAAUCCGAACCAGCACCAUUUCUGUCUUGUUUGUGAAACUACUUAUUUAUUUGCACAUUGCUACACGCUAUUUGUAUGUGGCAAAUGUGUCUUGUGAUAUGUGAUGUCGUCACUUAUCAGUUUUGUCUUAUUCAAAAUCGUCCGACCUGAGGUGACAAUCAGUCGAGACAAUUACUGAACUACCGCUGGACCUAAACACUCGAGGGAGCCGAAUGGCUUUACUUGCUAAGAAACCUACACCACAGCCACACUUGAGCAUGGUUUAGUUCGUUUUAUUUUUCCCUCUUUUACGCAACCUUACCAGAUGGCUGUAGAGAUAUAACAAGAUUGUAUAUUUUGAUCUGUUCAUAGGCCUUUUUUUCCCUUAUUCUCUGGAACCCUCUGUUGCCUGCCUGCCUGUCUGCGCGCCUGUGUGAGCCUGUGCGUCUGUGUGAGUGCCGUGUGCAGGGACAGACAGCUGCAGCAGCCUGACAGGCGACUAGGAAGUAGGCCAGGGAAGUAAUCUGACUUUGAAGUUACAGAACGGGCGACUUCCUUUCCCUACCCAACCCCAUAUCGGUCCCCCCCCUCAACCCACACCACCCCCUCAGCUUGGAAGGAAGAGGGGGACGUCAGAUGCACCGUGUCGUGUGAUGCCUCCAUGCGCGCUGCACAGCAUGCGUUCGCAAACGGAGCUAAUAAUAAUUUAUGCUAAUUUCUAGCCGCACUGAGAAUGACGUGAGGGAGGGUGAUCGUGAUUAUUUCAUGUGACUGUUCUACAGUACCUAAUAGAUGUCAGCUUGUGCCUGGCGCUUGUUUGUCUUUACUUCAGACUCUCAAGGAGAAUAACCUGUAUGCCUGUCUUCAGAAAUGAAGGACAGCUUUAUGAUGUUAUGAGUUGAGAAAGAUGGACCUUAUGUUUACAUGACUCUGGAUGGAUGUCUUGGCAUCUGUUCAUAUGGGUCCAUAAACACUCUUUAAAUACUCUUUGUUCUAGUGGGAAAACAUUGCAAUCUACGAGGGAUUGCAUUGUCAUUCGAGAUGCCGUUCAGGAAAGACACUUUUUAAUGAUGUCGACGGUCUUUUAGCUGUACAGUAUGCGUUGUUGGUUGUUUUGCAUGGUGCAUACUUUCAGAUUUCCUUUGUGAGCACAUCCACAGGAUUUUGUUUGACAUUUAUGUUGCUAGAUGUGUCUACACUGAUAUGCUGAAGCAAUAAGGUAUAAUAAUAUACUGUCAUGUAAUUUGCUAGCUGUUACAAAUUACCCUUUAUUAUUCUAUAUGAACUGAAUAAAACAGUUGGAUUGAUUGACCACAACAGUUAAUGAGUUUAUGAUAUACCGAAACCUUAUGUUUCAGAUAAUAACUUAAGUUACCAAUCUUCCUGAAGUUGAAAUAUUCUAUCGCAUUUUUUCCCCUUAUUAGUUAUUACAGGCCUGUGACUAGAAAAUACUAGAAAUAGAUCUUCAGACCUACUUAUCAUUACUUGUGUUACAUGUUACAAGCACAGCAUCAAAUUGAAAUAUAAAAACUAUUGAUUGGUGUACUGAGUACUGAAUGGUUGGUAAAAUGUGUAGUACCUACAAUAAUGCAUUACGAACACAUCUGUUAGGGUAUUAUGAGCGUAUUGCCUUUGAUCUACAUGCAUGACUGAACGGCUCACGAUGGCUCCCAAUACAAUGUUCCCAUGCAUCCCCAAACACAAGUGACUUUGGGCCAAGGGCUAACUUAUUUUGGACUAAGGGCUAAGUGAGUUGAAUAUCCGAUAACAAAGCACAGGCUAUAUAAAUUUUUGAAUGUAUACGGUCUUUAACCAGAUUGCAUGCAUUAUGUUUCCGUCAGAUAGUUUCUGUUUUGAGUGAUGUAUUUCUGACAAACUAUUGGGAUCUGAUAGAGUGUCGUAAUGGUCCACUUAGUUUGACAAUAUUUAACUGUCUAUGUCAUUUAUGGCAUCAAAAAAUUACUAAUCUGGCCUUGAAUGUCACCAAAGCUAUAUGAACCUUAGCUAUUGCCAUUUGAUUUCCUCAAGAAAGACUGGGAGUACAAUACAAAAAUACAUACCUUUUCAUAGUACCUGAUUGAUCUUGAUUUUACCAGCCGCUGUUUGCAACAACCGCACUCUUGCCACUAUCUUGCCUAAAAGGGACAGAAAUUGGAGACACUUGGUGUCCGGGAGUACAGUUGGUACAGGAAGAGACUGCCAUUAAUGACGGUAAAUCUCAGGCUGAGUAGGGCUGCCAUGGGGAAAAAGGUGCACAUCCUGCAGUGCACUGGGGAGUGCAUUUUGUAAUGGGAUUAAUCAGAAGAGCUCCAUCUUUAAUGUCCAUGGAGGAUUAAAGCGGCAUUAAGUGGCUUUUUCUUUCAUUGCAUGCAGUGGUUAAGUGGGGAUUUAGGGACGGACUUAUGUUUUAAAUUAAUAUUUCCUCAGCCAAUCAUCUCCUUCCUUUGGUUACCAAUGUGCAGAACUGAUGUUGUUAUAGUUCUGGUCAAAUCUGCUUUGAAAAUGUCGAUGAAUUUGAUGAAUGUUUGUUUGUUUUUUUCCCCUCAGAGCUGUCACUGCACUGGUUUUCAAAAUUGAUUACAUCUUGAGAUGUUUGCACAAAAACAGUUGUUAAUUCAGCAACAUGAGUAAAGAGCACAAAUGUUUCAACACAAAA